AUGAUAUCUGCUAUAUAUAUGAGCAUCUUGGAUUUCUACUACAUAUAAGCAUCAUUGUAAUACGAAAUAACCUACAAAUCAUUAAUUAUAACAUUGAAACUCAAAGACUAUACUAUCAAAUUCACAAUGGAAGAAACCAAAGAAAUGAAGAUAGCAAGGUCUUCAAAGUUUUCAAGUUGCCGCGGUGUUUCCUUCGAGAUCAAUCCUAACAAAAGCAGCCCUUUUGCAAUUGAAUCAACAACAAAGACAGAGAAAGCAGGAACAUGGCUUUGGAUUCCUCCAUGGACAAGAAACAAUUCUCAAGCUAUUAGUUCAACUAGGACUCAAAGUCGAGCUAGUAGUCACUUCUGUGACAUCAACAUUGAUGCUGACGAUGAUGAGUAUGAAUUUCUAGCUCAAGUUCAGGACAUGGAAAAUAACCAAGAGAAAGUUGAGGUACUACCAAAGUCUGACAUACCAACAAAAAAUUCGAGGUUGUCGAUUAUUCUGCUGGAUCAAGGUUGCACAGUGUACAAAGGACUGUUCUUGGUUUGCAUAACCUUGAAUAUGUUAGCACUUGCUCUUUCAGUUUUAGGGCAUUUUCCAUAUGGUAAAUCAAGAGCUACACUUUUCUCCAUUGGUAACAUCCUAGCUUUAACACUAUGUCGAAGCGAGGUGGUUUUAAGACUUCUUUACUGGUUUGUUGUCAAAACUAUAGGGAAACCUUGUGUUUCUCUUAGAAUCAAAACAGCAAUAACUUCAUUCCUUCAAUGUAUUGGAGGAAUUCAUAGUGGCUGCGGUGUUUCUUCAAUAGCAUGGCUAGUAUAUUCUCUCGUUCUCACGAUCACAAACAACGAUGAAAACACUUCUCCAGAGAUUCUCGGCGUUGCAUUCGCCAUUCUCUCGCUCCUUACACUCACUUCGCUCUCAGCUUUUCCUUUUAUUCGUCAUCUUCACCACAACGUUUUUGAGCGAAUCCACCGUUUUGCCGGUUGGUUAGCUCUUAUCCUUCUAUGGUUUUUCAUUCUUUUAACAGUAAGUUGUGAGCCUAGUUCAAAAACCUAUCACAUAACCAUUUCAAAGAUGAUUAAGAAACAAGAGUGUUGGUUCACUUUAGCUAUCACAAUUCUCAUUAUGAUUCCUUGGUUAAGUAUUAAAAAAGUACAAGUUAGUGUCACAGCACCAUCAAAUCAUGCUUCAAUUAUUAAAUUUGAAGGUGGUGUUAAAGCAGGUUUAUUAGGUAGAAUAAGUCCAUCACCAUUAUCAGAAUGGCAUGCAUUUGGAAUCAUAUCAGAUGGAAAAAAGGAUCACAUGAUGCUAGCUGGUGCAGUUGGUGAUUUUACAAAAUCAUUAGUUUCUUCACCUCCUAAACAUCUUUGGAUUCGUUCAGUUCAUUUUGCUGGAUUACCUUAUCUAGUGAAUUUGUAUCAAAAAGUGCUUUUAGUAGCAACAGGUUCUGGAAUUUGUGUGUUCCUAUCAUAUCUCUUGCAGAAAAGUAAGGCUGAUGUGUAUUUGAUUUGGGUGGCUAAAGAUAUUGAACUGAACUUUGGAAAUGAGAUAAAGGAAAUGGUAGAGAAAUAUCCCAAGGACAAAAUUAUUGUUCAUGAUACUGUUGUUUCUGGUCGUCCUAAUGUGGCUGAGAUGAGUGUGAAUGCUGCUAAUAAUUGGAAUGUUGAAGUUGUUAUUGUUACAAGUAAUCCUGAAGGUAGUAGAGAUGUUGUUAGAGCUUGUAACAAGGCUAAAAUUCCUGCUUUUGGUCCAAUUUGGGACUCUUGAAAGGUUCUAAACAAAAACUUGUAAGGCAAGUAAUUUGUUACUACUCUAUUUGCACUAAACAGUGUAAAAAAAAACUAAUAAUAAUAAGUUACUUUUGUUUACCUAUAGUAGUAAACUGGUAGCAUUGUAACACUGGUGCAUAGAGUUCCAAGUGUUAAUAAA